GUCCAUGUAUUGUGUAAAGAGGAACAUUCCCAAACAACAAAGGUCACAAGAGAUAAUCUCCAGAUUGAUGGGCAAAGCCAAAGAUGUGGUCAAGAUAACACUUCGUAACAGCCCUUCACUUGACCACAUUCAGACUCCUGAACUGGUUUUUGACAUUUUAAAGCAACACUUUGGUGAGUUGACAUACUCCUCCAUGCCAAUGGCUGACUUUUACAAUACCAGACCACUGCAGCACGAAGGGGUUAUGGAGUAUUGGAUCAGACUUAACAAUGCCAUCGACAUGGCUGAUGAGUGUCUACAGCGCCAGGGACGCAGUGUUGAAGACCCAGGCCGAGAAGUCAAGUUGAUGUUUAUUAAAUAUUGUCCUGACCCUAUCCUGUCUAACAGAUUCAGCUUCAAAGCAGCUGAGGAGUGGUCAACCAGUGAAGUCCAGGAGCGGAUUGACAGCUUCCUACGAGAGCUCAGGACACGUUCAGACAUUGGAUAUCGAGCCCAACCUAAACAUGCAGUCAACUACACCCAGGCCGCCUUUAUGUCAGGAUGUGAAGUUUCCCAAUCAGCACAGAUAAGUCUCACUGCACCGCCACCCAUUAACCCACAGUGCGUAUCAUUAGCCACACCUACCAACGUUCAUACUUCUGCACCAGUUCCAUCCCAAGUUUCUCAGCUUUCAAUGUCUGCCCACCAAAACAAGCCAGCUCCAACAAUCACAAUGAUCCCUCACCCACCCCAGACACCAACAGCCACCUGCUCAGUGCCAAUACCUGCGACACAGUUCAUGCAGUUCCCCACAUGUCAGCCAGUGUCGCAGCUUAAGCAAGAAGAGGCACAGGUUCCGCCAGCUAACACAGCCAUGGAUGGGAACAGUAUGCAGGCUCUGAUCAGUUUAUUAAAUCGUAUCAUGACCAAUCAGGGGGUGACAACCACUUCACAAGGGUCAUCACAGCAGGCGGUCCCAGGCUCUUUCCAAAAACGAAGCUGCAGAGUUUGUGGGGACACUAGCCAUACGACACUCUCUC